AUGAACCCGUCAUGGAACAAAGAAAGGAGAAAGUCUUUGGACAAAAGACAGAUAAGCCCGUCAAGAAGAUCGGAGUUUCAAGCAACAAGGGACCAACACCAGGUGACUAAUCUGUGUAGAAAGGAGGUGGCUAGCGAACCAAAAAAUCGAGGAGCUGAUGGCUUUGUUGGUGACUCAUCUUUCGAUGACAAUGAAGGAUGGACGCUCAUUACUCAGCAGAAGUCUCGUACAAAGCGCAUUCCUCAAAGACAAAAUACUCAAUCAAAGAGGGAGCGACGAAAGAGGAGUUCGCACAAACGCUCUAAAACCAAAACCAGAAUAAUGGUGAGGAGAGAUUCUAACCAAGAAAGUGGACCACUAACCCAAGAACCACGAAUUCCAAUUACGCUAGGAGAAUACUUUCCCAAAGUGUUCUUCGUAAGAGAACCAACGGAGACUGUUCAUAUGACAACUUGCUAUCAAGUAGAUGACGAAGAUGUCUCAGAAGGAAGAUCUGAAACUCAUGAAGAGCAAAAGGUCUUGACACAGGUAGAGGAUUCACCAUCGCACUUCAAUAUUGAGGAAGCGGUGGAACUUCUUGAAGCAAUACACGUAGCAUUGGUAAAGGCGUUGAUGGAUCUUAAUAUUCAUCCAAAUACAAUAAGAGAUGCCAAAAAAUUAGAACCUAAGUCUCAAGACCGUGCUAUCUGUUGCGCGACAUGUGCUUCCAUCACAUUCACCGAUGAAGAUCUUUUGUUAGGGUCCAAACCACACAACUGUCCGCUUUUCGUGGCUUGGUAUGUGCGAGAACAGAAACUUAGUCGCAUGCUCGUGGAUGGAGGUUCAGCAGUAAACAUAAUGCCUAAGUCAACAAUGACAAAGUUAGGCAUCACCAUAGAUGAAUUGUCUCGAAGUCGUCUCAUGAUUCAAGGCUUCAAUCAAGGGGGGCAAAGAGCCAUGGGCAUGAUCAGAAUUGAGCUCGUGAUAGGUGAUUUAAGGUCCAACACCUUAUUUCACGUGAUUGAUGUCAAGACUUCCUACAAUCUUCUCUUAGGAAGGCCGUGGGUGCAUGAGAAUGGGAUAGUGCCUUCGACUUUACAUCAAUGUUUCAAAUUUUACAGAGGUGGAGUAAAGAAAAUCCUGGGUGAUGUCAAACCAUUUAUCGAAGCCGAAUCUUAUUUCGUCGAUGCCAAGUUUUACAUGGAUGAAGACAUGGUAUCUGAAGUUAUUCCCGCUGAGGUCCACUCGACAGCAAAGCCAUACCAAGAAAAGAUGAGCAGUCAAAGUGCCUUUUCAUUGAAGAGAAUGAUGAUAAUAAGUCAAAAAGCACUGCUUUUGGACAAAUGGGAUCACCACCGAUAG